AUGGCUUCAAUAUGCAGGAAAUUUUUGCAUGUAAUCUCAGUUAUCCUAUUGCAAUUGGCAACGUGCCUCCCAUUUCAACAUGCUGAAGCAAUAUUCCAGCUUAGGAAAAAUUCAAUUCAGCCUCCGUUUGGAAACUCACUGUUACUGAAAGUGAAUGGAACUGGAGUCCAGAUUUACCGAUGUGAGAAGAGCUCAAAUGGGUCUGGGAUGAUGAACUAUACCCACGUUGGAGCUACUGCAAAACUUUACUCUCCUUAUGAUAAUGAAAAAAAUGUAACAGUGGGCUACCAUUACUACCUUCCUCAUCCCCUGGCUCAAGGAGCUCAGCCCACUUUUUCAUUCAGCAUGGUGGAAGGAGACCCUCCGUCUGACAUACCCGAGUCAACUGUUACAGUUAACCCAAUCGGUACAGAGAAGGGCAAGAGUGAGGAUGACAUUGAUGAUGUGCUGCUGAAGGGAAUUAGUCAUAGUGGGUAUGGGCAUGCAAGUGAGGUAUCAUAUGUGCAACUCAGGCAUUCCAAGGGCGGAAUCCCCCCAUCAUAUUGUGAAGAAGAUGCAAAAGAAAUCCAAGUCCCAUACACUGCACAGUACUUAUUCUGGUCCCAGGAUAGAUCCCCUGAUACAGCAGCCAUUCCUUCUGAAAUAAGUGUUGAUUCAAAUAAUUCAAUCCCUAUUUUGGGGUUUUAUGGAGAAGGAUAUCAGCUUUACAGAUUCAACGGUUCUUCCUGGAUCAAUUUCAAUGUAUCAGCUUUGCUGUAUACUUCACCGGGACAGCAAGUAGUGGGAAGACAUUAUUUUCUUUCACAAGCUGAUGACAAGGGAGGACAGCUUGCAUGGGAAUUGUCAAUGCCUUCUGGUCUUGGGAAAGUUAGAGUGACUUUCAAGUUAGUGAGUACAGUUAUAGUAGAUAAAGAUAGUAUCCCUUGGACCAAACUUGAGGCUACCAGUUAUGCUGCUGAUCCUCCUUACAUAAGUAGAUCAUAUAUAGAGCAAGUGAAAUACGUGCAGAGAGUUUCCACUGUGGGAGGACUUCCUCCUAAAUAUGAAGACACUCCAAAUCCAGAAACAGGAAAUAUAUAUUUGUCACCUUUCUCGUCAAUCUAUUGGUUCUCUACCAAUUUCACUUCUUUGUAA